AUGGACCAAUCGGCCUCCCCGCGAAUGCGACCUCAAGCAUCCCCCCCAUUUGUCACCACUAUCGUCCUCCUGCUCUUCACCCUAGCCCCGUCGCACACUGUCGCAAUCAGCGAAGCGGCUUCGCAAGAGUUCGCAGAUCCGUUCGAGACUCUAGACAGUGCCGUUGACGCUGAGUCCUUCGGACCGCACAUUGACUUCUCUUCUUCCGGAUCCGCCGGUGCCGGCGGUGGAGUCGACGUUUUACCUGGCGGCCCGCCAACCGUGCCUCGCGUGGCGCAGCUGCGAGGGGCGAGUGACGACGUUGCGACGCAGGCGAGCAGCGCCGUCGCCGCAGGCGACAACCCGCGCGUCGCACGGCUGUAUCUCCUGUCGAAGAAGAACUCUCGCGCGCGAUGCUUGGACGGCAGUCCUGCUGGAUACUACCUGCGACGCGGGUUCGGCAGCGGCGCCAACAACUGGAUCAUGAUUCUCGAGGCUGGCGGGUGGUGUUUCAACGCCAAGUCGUGCGCGAAUCGAGCCAAGGGACCCCUGGGAAGCUCAAAGAAAUGGCCGCCGACCAGCGACGUGAAGUAUGGCGGCGUGGGCAGCACGGACAGCGCCGUGAAUCCCGCGUUCUACAACUGGAACCUGGUGCUCGUCAAGUACUGCGACGGCAGCUCCUUCACCGGCGGCUACAGCAAGCUGCCACCAAACUCGGAGACGGGGCGCGCGCUCUACUUCCGCGGGCACUGGAACUUGCAGGGCACGCUGCAAGAUCUGCUGGCGCGGCACGGGCUGAACGUGGGCAAGCAGAUGCUGGUGGGCGGCUGCAGUGCGGGUGGCGUUGCGACGUCAAUCAAAUGCGAUCAGAUCUCGAGGUGGCUGGCCAACUACAACGUCACCACCAAAUGCUUCAUGGACGGAGGCUACUUCCCGGACGUGGCGGAUAAGGACGGGCAGUACAGCAUGCGCCUGAAGGUGCAGCAGAUGGCCGGCGUGCAUGACAUGGGACGCAUUGGGGUUAAUGCCGAGUGCAAGCGAGGCGUGAUGGACAUUGGUGCUCGUGAUGCUGUUCGAGGAGCGAAGUCCUCCGGAGCGGAAUUAUUUCACAUUCUGGAAAACUCGGACAGCACGGCUGUCAUCGUGGACAACGUCCAGGUUCUUGAGCACAUUGCACCAUUCCUCGAAGCUUCUUCGGUGAAAGACAUUGUCAAGUUUGCAGUUGUCCUUUGGCCUCCAGCCGGUAAAGGCCAGGAACAAAUAACUGACUGGAAGACCAGAAGCACGUGCUCCAAAUGGUUUUCUCUGUACUCUUUUGAAGAGGUAUCGGCGGCUGGGAGUGCAAGCAGGCUCACGCAUGAUGCUCUGUCGCGCUCAGCGCCUCGUCAAGCCUCCAGACCCGAUGACGUGGCAACAUUGGUGUACACCUCUGGAACGACCGGGAAUCCCAAGGGCGUGAUGCUCACGCACAGCAACCUGAUGCAUCAGGUCAACAACUUUGAAUGUGCCCUGACUCCCGACGCUGGUGAUGUCAUGUUGAGCCUGCUACCCCCAUGGCAUAUGUACGAGCGUUCAUGCGAGUACUUUCUGCUAAGCCGUGGGGUCCAGCUCGUCUACAGCAAUGUCAAGUCAUUCAAGGAAGACUUGAUGAAACACCCUCCGGACUACUUCGUGGCUGUUCCACUUGUCUUCGAGGUCCUAUACAGUGGAGUGCAGAAGAAGCUUGCUGCAGCAUCAGCCGCCAGAGCAGCAAUUGCCAAGUUCUUGAUAAAAGUCAGCUGUCUUCACAAGGAAGCGCUGCGCAUCUGGACAGGCAUGGCUGUCCUUCGUUCACGUGAAAACGUUCAGGGGCUCAUGUUCAUGAAGGCUGUAGCAGAAUGUCUGGGAGCCGGGCUUUUAGCACUGGUGCUGCUGCCUCUCCACCUGCUGGCGGAGAAGCUUGUGUACACCAAGGUCAAAGCUGCUAUCGGCAUAAAAAAGGCAGCUGUGAGUGGUGGAGGCAGCUUGCCGUCGCACGUGGACAAAUUCUUUGAGCAAAUUGGGAUCACUCUGCUCAAUGGAUAUGGGCUCACAGAGACCUCUCCUGUGCUGACAGUCAGGCAAAGUGAAAAUGUGGACCCUGCUUUUGUCGAGGAGGUUGCACUUAGCAGCCCUGUCAUCCGCCAAAUAAUUCUCGUCGGCCAGGACCAGAGAAAGCUUGGAGCGUUAAUUGUCGUGAAUGAGGACGAGAUGAAGGCUGCAGUGGCAAGCAUGAGAGCGGAGAAGGGGAUUGAAGGGAGCGAGGUGACAGAAAAGGAACAGAGGGCUGUUGUUCAACAAGAGCUCACUCGCUGUUUCACGGAGGCAGGUUGUUUGCCGCAUGAACGGGUCGGUCCAUUUGCACUCCUCGAUGAACCAUUCACAGUGGAUAAUGGUCUCCUCACAGCAACAAUGAAGAUGCGACGUGAUGUGAUUUACAGCAGGCACAAGGAGCUUUGUGAUCAGCUUUUCCAACACUGA